AUGGCUGAGAACUUAGAUGACAUAGAAGAUAUAGCCGUCCUAGCAUUGUUACUAGAUGAAGAAGAAAAAAUAAAUAAUAGUACAAAACAAAAAAGACUUUGGGUUCACGCCGUAUGGAAAAAAAUAAAAACAGAAGGAGAAUUUGCCACUUUAUAUAAAGAAUUAGUUGAUCAUGAAACGAAAUUUUUUGAAUAUUUUCGAAUGCCACAAUACGGUUUCAACGUAUUGUUGCAUAAAAUUGAACAUGAUAUUAAAAAACAAGACACUUUUUGGAGAGAGGCCAUAACACCAAGAGAAAGACUGGCAGUUUGUUUAAGAUUUUUGGCUACAGGAGAUUCCUUCACGACAAUUUCAUUUAGUUAUCGUCUAGGUCAUACAACUGUUUAUAGAAUUGUAAUUGAAACUUGUAAAAGUAUAGUAACAAAUUUAAUGUCAGAAGUAAUGCCACAACCCACAGAAGAAAGAUGGAAACAAAUUGCAAAUGAUUUUUGGACCAAUUGGAAUUUUCCGAAUUGUAUAGGUGCGUUGGACGAAAACACGUCACUAUUCAAGCACCACCAAAUACUGCUUCAAAUUUUUUUAACUAUAAAAAAACAUUUUCUGUCGUGUUACUUGCAUUAG